CCAUGAUGACUUCUAGAUCCAACUGCAAAUGCUUGCUGUAGUCUGUAGGACGCUCGGUCCACACUCUAACAGAAAGUUUAGUGUUCUUGUGUUUGCAGCCAUGGAAGAAGAAGCAGAGGACUCUAAGCCAGUCAGGAAGAUGGUGGAGUAUUACAUCGACUCCACCUCUGACGAGGAGAGCAGCGAGGAAGACGAUGGAACGGAAGCCACCCUCACAGCGGAAGAAGGACCAGAGAGUGUGACAGUAAGAGACGAAGAAGGUGUGGUUGUGGAAAAGGAACUGGAGUGUGGAGAGGGAGAGAGAGAGGACGCAGAGAAAAUUGGGGGAGACAUACCCCCGUUUGGCGACUUUGGCGGGGGUCUUGAAGAUCUCGGGAUGGGGGAGUCGGAAGGGUUUCAUCUGUACGAGAGAGACGAGCAGGAACUGAUUGAGGUGGACAUGGAGGACUUGAGCAGUCCAGUUGGUUCUCUCUCUCCUUCCUGGGCUGAGCCCGGCAAAGACGCAACGGCCGUAGAGAGCGUGGGUGAACCUCUGAAAAAGAAAGAGAAGAAAGAAGACGAUGAAGAGGAGGAGAAAGAGUGGAAGUUGAAAAUUGACGUAGACAGCGACGGAGGAGACAGCGCAACUGUCUCCCUGACUUGUUCCGAGUCUUUUCGACCCGUGAAAGAAACACUGUCUGUGACUCCCAAAGCCAGAGACCCGAAGCUUGAAGAUAGAAACACUAGCACCGCACUAUUGCGUCCGUCUACACAUCCGAGUGCACCCUACUGCUUCUGCCAACAGCCGGCGCUCAAUUACUUCAUGAUUCAGUGUCACAAGUGUAGCGGAUGGUUCCAUGGCUCUUGCGUCGGUAUCACGCGCCAUCAGGCGUCCAGGGUGAAAGAGUUCUACUGCUCUCUGUGCAUCGACGCUGACCCCAGUUUAGUGACCGUUUUCCACGAGAAAAACGUCGCAGUUGAGGACGAAGAAGAAGACGGAUACAGAGAGAAGGAGAAACGAGGGGCCAAGAGUCGAACCAGUUACGGCGAGAGCGGGAGCAAGCGCCCGACUGCGAAGAAACACAGCCGGAGGUGCGGGGCGUGCGCUGCCUGUCUGUGCGAGGAAGACUGCAAGAAGUGUCGUUUCUGCAAGGACAUGCCGAAGUACGGCGGGCUCGGCCGGAUGAGACAGAAGUGCAUCAAGCGGCAGUGCCACAAGCUCUCUCGCAUUCUCUACGCAGAGGAUCCCCUCCACAGCAAGUCGAGAAAGCUGCACGAGGAUAUUGCGGCCGAGCUAAAGAAAGUUGGCGGUCGCGUUGUGCUAUCUUCGACGAGCGAAGGUGAGGGUACCUACAAAGAUGCAGAAGAAGCAUCGAAAAGCGUCCGUUUUGCUGAAGAAGAUUUGGGGUCUUCGAUUGCUCCAAAGACUGCUGCGAAGUCGAGGCAUCGCGGGAAGAAGAAGCCGGCCAAGCGGCUCGGCGGUGGAGGUGGAGGGGGAGGGAGAAGUGGGAGGAGCGUUGCUAAAGGCAGCAGAGGAAGGGUGCGUCUGAGUGCAUCAGACUUGGAAAUAAUCACCCAAGAGCAGCCGGUGCUCAGGAGAAGAGGAAGGAGAGGCGUUCUGCUACACGGCAGUUCAUCUGACAGAGAUUUAGCUCCUGUCCAGUGCCUCGGUCCCGGAUGUGUGUAUGCUGCCAGACCUCACUCCAAGUACUGCAGCGAAGAGUGUGGGAUACAGCUAGCCAUUCGACGUAUCAAAGCUCUUCUACCAGAGAGCCAGAAGUGGUGGGAAGAUGAAGAUGGUGGCAACAAGAGGACCACCAGAGCCCUGAGCCAGUUCAAGUUGCAGGAACUUGAGAAAGAGCAAAAGGAUCUGAAAGCUCAACUGGAGGAGUUGGACGUUCAGACACAGUCCAUAGACAGCCAUGUCAGCUCACUAGCCAGUGCCACUCCCUCAGGAGAAGACGAGGGUUUGGAAGGAGACGAUGACCUCACCAUAUUCUGUGCCACAUGUGGUCGGCCUACUGGGAUCAAGAAAGCCGUCCAUCACAUGGAGAGAUGUUUCUCAAAGAUGGAGGGUGUGGUGUCAUUUGGAUCCCUCGUGAAGAGUGAAGGAACAAACAUAUUCUGUGACAAAUUCGACCCGGCCCAACAAACAUACUGCAAGCGACUGAGAGUCCUUUGCCCGGAACACACAAAAGAACCAAAGGUUGGACCUAAGGACGUAUGUGGCUGUCCAUUAGAUCCUCUCUUUCCCUCCAAACAUCGGACUAGUCCAAAGUUCUGCAGACUCCCAAAGAGAACUUGCACGAGCCAUUUUUCUUGGGAGAAAGUGCGGAGAGCUGAGAUUGACCAAGAAAAACUGAACCUGUUUCUGAAGUUGGAAGAUGUGGGAGAUCAGAUUCGAAUGGAAGAGUGGCACAUCCAGCGCAGAGGGUCUCUGGCGGCAAGACUCCUGCACUACACCAUCGACCACUCGCGAGAAACUGGCAGAGACAGAAGAAGGCUCCGCGGAUUACAAGAUUCAGGACAGGACAAUAGCAGAGACUGACAGUGUCUCGCAGAAUGCAGGCCCAUGAAAUAUAUCAUCUAUCAUCAAAGUUAAUCCAAAACACAUUAUA